AUGUCCCCAAUAACAAAAAAAUCAAUAAAUUCUUAUUAUUAUUCUCGAAUUUCUGUAUCUCUAAAAGUAUUAUUCAUCAUUUUCGUAUUAUGGAUUUUUUAUAGUUACUUUGCUGUAAAUCUAUUGUUUAAUAACCAAAAUUCAUCAUUAUCGCCGCCUUCAUCAUCCCCACUUACAACUCUCUCACAAGAAGAUAUUUCCAUAAAUUUGAAAUAUUGUGGUGAACCGAAAUGCAAAUUUAUGUUUGUUUAUGGAGUACUAGGGGAACAAGAAACUAGACUCAAUUUACAUUUCUCGUCACUUGCAAAAUUAGCAAUAUUCUUAAAUAGAACAUUGGUAUUGACAAAUGUUGGACAUUCUGAAAUGAAUGCGUGUUCCGAUUUUCCGUUUGAGUUUUAUUAUGAUAUCGAACAACUAAAAAAAAAUAUGCCAGGUUUACAAGUUAUUACACAAAAAGAUUUUUAUAAUUGGAUUGGAGAACGUGGUUUUAAACCUAAUGUGACUCUUGGUUACAUGUCACACGAAGAACCUAGAUUCACAUCAUCAAAACCUUCAACCCAAUUUUUUAAAAAUCCUAAAGAUGAACAAUGUUAUAAUUCAUUAAAUCUCAAACCAAUAGAUUACAAAGAGGUUUAUUGUGGAGCCAAUAUACGUACUGGAGAGUAUCGAAAAGAGAUGAAAAGCUUUUUAAUGAAAGAAUUUGAUACAGACGUUGAAAUAUUAUUGAUAAGGUAUAUUCUUUAUGGAGGUGAAUUCUUGCAAAAAGGAUCAGUUUUAGCUUAUGCAAAACAUAUAGUUGAAGCUAGCAAUAGAGUUGUUAACAAAUUAAAACCUUUUAUUGCCAUACAUUGGAGAAUGGAAUCAGCGGAUGAAGAAUUAGCUCCAGAGUGUUCAUUACAACUUAACCAUCAUUUGGCAAUAAGUUAUUUAAAUUCUUUACUUUCAGUAAAGACAUGGGUAUCAAUGAAAGCACUUGAUUAUUUAUUUGAUGAUAAUAGGUUAGAUCCAAAAGCAGUUGAAUAUGAAUUAAAAGGAGCGGGAGUACAGGGUAUUAUGGAUAAAUUGAUAUUAAUGAACGCAGAUUAUUUUGUUAGUGGUCCAGACGGUUGUGCCAGAAUACGUAGCCUCUACACAUAUAAAAUUAAAGAAGGACGCAAGAAAAUAAUUCGUGAACAAAAAAAUACUAAUUUGAAAAAUAUUCUUUUAACGAAAAUCGCUUGUUUGUCUAUAAUUGCGAUCAGACCGCCAGAUGGUAUGAGUUGGAUAGGAACCAAAUCGUCACCAAACAUUUUAUACUUGUCAAUGAUGAAAAUUUUCCUAAUUGGUUUAAAUUCAAAAACUGUCGAAGAUUUCCAUCAAAUUCCCGAUAAAUAUGACGAUCUUCAAAUUGAGUCCACCACCAUAACCAAGACUUCAAAAUUAAAUCAAACAAUUACACCGACAGCAGCUUCAAAACCGAAAGCAGUAAAGAUAAGACCCAUUCUCAAGUAUUAUGGUAAACCUACCCUUGAACAAAUGCAGGCAUACCAAGACCAACCAAUCCCAUUCAAAUCUAAAAUGGAAUGUGAAAGUUAUCAUGAACAAAAUGGAAUCUCCUCCAAAGAAUUGUGGAAUUGGUCACCAAUCCGUGUUUUCAUUGGUAUAUGGACGACAGCAAAAAAGCAUGAAAUUCGAAGUAUAAUACGAGCUAUAAAUUUAAAGCAACAAGAAAAUUUGAUUGGCGACAAUGUGGAUUUCAAGUUUAUCCUGGGAAAACCACCAAAAGAUGUAUACACGCCCGAUUUGAAAUUAAAAUUGACUACUGAGAAUGAUACCUAUGGCGAUCUUGUAAUACUGGACAUGGAAGAGAAUAUGAAUAAUGGCAAAGCGUAUUAUUACUGGAAGUGGGUUUGGGAGCAUCUUGGUACCAUGAAAUAUGAUUAUGCAGCAAAGGCAGAUGAUGACGUAUUUGUACACUUUCAAAAUCUGGCACUUAACCUUCGACCAUUGCCACGAGAUAAUGUGUAUUACGGAUGUAAGCAUAGGUACUAUAUUACAGGUAUGCUUGUAGUUCUCUCGAUGAAUUAUCCAAAUCUGAUUUCAACAACUCCAUUCAACAAAACCGAAUGGAAUGGGGGCGAAGACACAAGGUUGGGAAAAUGGCUAAUUAAAUAUGCAAAUUCAACUUUAAAUAUAAUUGAUGAACAUUGCUUACUUUUUCAAGACCCAAGGAUCCCAGUAUUUUAUGUUGUAGGGAGACAAUGGGCAUCACCACAAUCAAUUGUCAUACAUUGGUUAAAAGACUUGUAUGCAUGGAAAGGUGUCAUUGAUUUAUACAUUCCAGAUGUUAUGAAAGAUUUGAAAGGUAUAUAUUAA